UCUUAUUCGAUGUGCUCUGUGUCUGAAGAUUGUUUCUUGCCCUAGCUCGAUCUUUUCCUUCCGUCCUCUCUCUCAAAAUGGUUUGGUCUUCCCCAAUCGAUCUCUUUCUUUUCAAUUAAGUAUAUGUCUCUGUAUGGGAUUACUUGCUAAAUUUCUUAUUUGAUGUGCUCUGUGUCUGAAGACUGUUUCUUGCCUUAGCUCGUUCUUCUCCUUCCGUCCUCUCUCUCAAACUGGUUUGGCCUUUCCUAAUCGAUCUAUUUUUUUUCAAUUGAAGUCGUAGCCCUAGAUUUUCUCUUUCUCAAGGUGGGUAUCAAUAUGGAGAUCUUGAAGGGCCCCCCAACAGCAGCAGCCGGAAAUGAUCUUUCCUGACAUCCAUUACUCUCCUAUCAACGAGUCCUCUUAACACUCUCAGCCGUCUUCAACAUCAAUCCUACCGUCGAUAAUUUUCACUCCUCAAUUCCCUUAUUUCCCGAUUAAUAAACCCUAACUUCUUAUACAUCCACUAUAUAUACACAUAUACACAUAUAAUUAACUAGUGUUGUUUCGUGCCGCAGAUCUUCUCUACAAGGACUACCAGAGCUACCAGAAGUUCAGUGUCACUACUAACUCUUCUACUAGUGUUGUAAGUGUUAUUUAUUUUUGAUAUAUAUUUUUUUUCCGUUGCUUCUUAGAUCUGUAUAUUUGCUUGGUAAGGCUAGAGUUAUCUCUCUAUUUAUUAUUUUGUGUAUGGUGUUAUUUGUAGAGUAUUUUAUAUGUGACUCAAUGUGUUUUGUUCAAAAAUUAAAAGAAAUCAGUUCAAUAGAUUUGAUACUUAUACCCUCUUUGAUCUUUGUUCCACUUUCAACUUUUGGUCUAUGUGAUUAAUGCAUUAUGGACUGAAAACAUGCCUGUGUGUGCGCAUGCUAUGUGGUUUUAUACAUUGCAUAUAGUGAACAAUUUCUAAAGGGAAUCUGCAUUCUUGUCACUUUUGAUGCCAUUUUGUUUUGUGUAAUAUAUCGUCGUGGUUUAUUUAUUUGAUUUUUAUUUCUUUUUAUAGAGCUUGUUAUAUACCUACAUGUCCAACCACAUUAUUUUGAUCAUUAUGAUACAGUAAACUCUUUGAAACUGAUUGAAUAUUCAUGUUGUUUAUGCUUAGGCUUUAGCAAAUAUUUAAGAAAGCAGAGCUUAGUGCUGGGACAGCUAAUGAAUUUCAAACUAAUCCAUUGACUUGGUUGGUGGUAUUAGUAAAUUUGCUAUUGGAAACAGUAAAACUAUUGCUUAAGAAUAAAGUGAACUUAUGAUGCUUGAUAGAAGUGAAAAUAGUAGUAUAGCUAUAUUUUUCAGGCAUCCUAUGGUUACAAUUUUUCAAGUGCUAAUUGUAUUUGUAAGCAAAAACAGCAAUUUGUUUACUACUUGGCUUUUUUGCAUAUUUGUUUAAUUGUAAAUUUGCUAUUGGAAACAGUAAAACUAUUGCUUAAGAAUAAAGUGAACUUAUGAUGCUUGAUGGAAGUGAAAAUAGUAGUAUAGCUAUAUUUUUCAGGGAUCCUAUGGUUACAAUUUUUCAAGUGCUAAUUGUAUUUGUAAGCAAAAACAACAAUUUGUUUACUACUUGGCUUUUUUGCAUAUUACGCAACAAAGAGAAAUGUAGAUUAUUUAACAAAUAUACCCCACAUUACAACAGUAAUCUAAAUGUGUUCAAAUUGGGAAAAAAAAAAAUAAAAAAGAAAAGAAAAAAAAAUCCCUAGAUUAAGUUUUGGAGGUGAUAAUCAAAUAUGAUGAUUUAGUUUAAGGAAUAAUGUAUUACAAUUUCCAAAAACUUUAGGAAUAAUGUAUUACAAUUUCCAAAAACUGAUAUCAUUUACGUUUUAAAAAACAAGCACGGUUUAUUCACCUCACCUCACGGGACUUCGAACACUCGGAGCUCCACAAAAUAGGAGAGCUUAUACCAUCUACGCAAAAAACCUAUUGAUAUCUACUUUUUUUAUUUUUAUUUCAUUUUAAGACAAUGUAUCAUACAAUUUAUGUUUUGUCUCAGAUUCAAACCCAUUUUCUCUUUUCAUUUGCCUUUCCAGUAUUUGGGAUGUAUAUUGAAUCUUACAGGAAGCACUAUAUAUUAUGAAACUGUACAUAGAAGCUAAGGAUAUCGUCAAAAUUCGCAUAGGCAUGCGCUGGUUUUGUCAAUACUCCCUAUUUUCUUCAUUAAAAAAAAGGUUUGGUUGGUUUAAGAUAUUUGAGACUAUUUAUGUCCUCAUGUAUAUUGGUUUAAGAUAUUUUCUUUAUUAAAAAAAAAGGUUUUACUUUUUCCAAGACUUGAAUGGGAUAGGACCACCCACCCGUCAUGGAAGAAGUUGAAAGAGUUAUGAAAUAUUCAACACAUGCAUCAAAUGACUUUUGUUUAUAACUGAUAUUUUUUUUUUUAUUUUUUUUAUUUUUAUUUUUUGUGUGUAUAGCCAAUUACAUGGACAAGUCUUGGAUUCAUGAUCACAAUAGGGGUAGUCGAAAGUAUUUGGAUGGCAUAAAAAGCUUCAUUAAGGUGGCUAGUCGUCAUGUAGUGUCAGACCGUAGGUCUCGAUGUCCGUGUCGUCGUUGCAGAAACAAGAUGGGGUAUAUGCAAAUUGAAGAAGUUGAGAAGCAUCUCUUAAGUAAUGGGAUGGACAGGGAGUAUACCAAUUGGAUAUAUCACGGGGAGGUUCCUCAAAGCAGCAAUAAUGUUAUUAUGCCAUGAAAGGAAUACUUCUCCCUUUGAGAAUGCCAUUUGAUUUCUAUUACACUAACAAAUGAUGUCACUAAAUUUACAUUUUUUGUUUAUAUUCUGGAGCAUGGUAGUUUAAUUAUGGACACCUCUGAGGCUCCAAUGCAUAGAGUAUUAAGGUCCUGCGUGCCUCAAACUGAGCCACCAGCUAUAAGUUUACCUGCUAGCUUGCCUCAAACUGGGGCACCAUCUUCAAGUUUACCUGCUGUACAACAGAAUGGAGAAUGUGGUGGUAGUAAUUCAACAAAUCAACAGCCUAGUAUGGAAGGUGACGGUAGUAAUUCACAAACGAGGCCACAACCAAGUGGAGGCCCAAGGCGAAAAGGGCGUGGAAAAGCAAAGAAUGUCGCCCUACAAAAAGCUAAGGGACUCUAUGGAAAAGAUGUUCCAAUUCCGGUAGAGUUUGGGACGGGGUAUAUUAAACCCGUAGGAAAAAAUAACAAAUUAUGGACGGCGGAAGUUGGCAUCCACAUGAGAGAUAAAGAAGCACUACUAAAUUUCAAAACAUGGAGGGAUAUUCCAGAAUCUGAGUGACAGGUUUGCUAUGAUCAUUUUAAGGUAA